AUGCUCCUUCCCAUUGCAUUGGCUUACUCACCAAAUGGUAAUGUGCACCUUCCCAUUGCACGACAUUACUUCCCAAAUGGUAAUGCGCUUCUUCCCACUGCACCUGAUUACUCACCAAAUGGUACUGUGCCCCUUCCUAGUGCAAUGGGUUACUCACCAAAUGGUGAUGUGCCCUUUCUCAUUGCACCUGGUUACUCACCAAAUGGUGUUAUGAUCUUUCCUAUUGCAUUGGGUUGCUCAUCAAAUGGUAAUAUGCUUCUUCCCAUUGCAUUGGGUUGCUCACCAAAUGUUACUGUGCUUCUUUCCAUUGCAUUGGGUUACUCGCCAAAUGGUUCUCUGUUCCUUUCCAUUGCUCUGGGUUACUCACCAAAUGGUACUGUGCUCCUUUUCUAUGCUCUGCGUUACUCACGAAAUGGUAAUAUGCUCCUUCCGAUUGCAUUGGGUUACUCACCAAAUGGUGAUGUGCCCCUUCUCAUUGCACCUGGUUACUCACCAAAUGGGGUUAUGAUCUUUCCUAUUACAUUGGUUUACUCACCAAAUGGUAAUAUGCUUCUUCCCAUUGCAUUGGGUUACUCGCCAAAUGUUACUGUGCUCCUUCCCAUUGAAUUAGGUUACUCAUCAAAUGGUAAUGUGCCCCAUCCCAUUGCAUUGGGUUACUAA